UGGGUUGGCACUCCAUCCAGGGUGUAUCCUGCCUUGAUGCCUGAUGACACCUGAGAUAGGCACAGGCUCCCCGUGACCCGAGAAGUUCGGAUAAGCGGUAGAAAAUGAAUGAAUGAAACAUUCUCAAUAUUAGAACCUCACUGUUGCAUCCAAAUGUGUAUUAUUCAUAUUAAUGCCAAAUCUUACAGAUCGGAAAACGUUUUAACUGAUUAUCAUCACCAUCACAUAUUCCUUGUUUAGCUUCUGCUCUAUGUUAAUGUUCUGUAAAGCUGCUUUGAGAUAAUGUCUAUUGUAAAAAGCGCUACACAAAUAAACCUGAAUUGAAUUGAGCUAUUGGCCUCGUUUAACAAACUGGAUGAGAACAAACAUGCUUUUAAACAACUAUAUAUAUACAAAUUACAAGCAACAUGCUACGUCACUGUAUCAAAUUAGUAAUAAUAUUGACAAUUGUAGAAGUUUGACCAAUGAAAUGAGAGAAUUUAGCAGCACUUUAUCUAGUGACGUGUUGAUGUGUGUGUAGUGCUGUACUUAAUUUUGGGUUAUAAGUAAUAAGUAAUAGUGUUAAAAAUGCUCCGCACGCGAGUCACUGAGGGACCAUGGAGCUUAAGACUCAUGAGCGCAUGAGCUCUAUCUUUCUCACCGGUUAGGAGCUCUCUCUCUCUCUCUCUCUCUCUCUCUCUUUCUCUCUCACUCACUCACUCACAUGCACACACACACACACCACAGCCUCUUUUGGUCAGAAAGGGAGAUGCGCGUCAGUGCAGUUUGCGGAUGAGAGCAGUACCAUGCUGAGGACGGAGAGUUCACACACAGAGGCAGAUUCCUCAUCUAACCCACAUCAUGCCUUACAUUACCAACUUGCUGUUUCUUAUUUUCUGUCUCUUUAUCGUUACUGAAUGUGGGAAGCAGAAGAUCAGGAAACGCAGGUGGUCUGCAAACCUGGAAACUCUCAAACACGGACCCCCGCUGUCCAAAAAGGUUGUUGACGGAACCAAGACAAGAAAAGUGAAAACAAACCAUUUGCUGCGGGUGGAAGAUCAUGAUUUUACCAUGAGGCCGGCAUUUGCAGGUCCAGCAGUUCCUGUGGGUGUGGAUGUGCAGGUGGAGAGCUUGGACAGCAUCUCAGAAGUGGACAUGGACUUCACUAUGACCCUAUACCUAAGGCAUUACUGGAAAGAUGAGCGGCUAUCCUUUCCUAGCACUACCAAUAAGAGCAUGACUUUCGAUGGCCGUUUGGUGAAAAAGAUCUGGGUUCCGGAUGUUUUUUUCGUCCACUCCAAACGCUCCUUCAUCCAUGACACCACCACAGACAACAUCAUGCUCAGGGUCUAUCCAGACGGACAUGUUUUGUACAGCCUCAGGGUGACAGUAACUGCGGCGUGUAACAUGGACUUCAGUCGCUUCCCACUCGACACACAAACCUGCACUUUGGAGUUGGAAAGUUAUGCCUACACGGAUGAGGAUCUCAUGCUCUACUGGAAAAGUGGAGAUGAAUCCCUCAGCAUAGAUGACAAGAUUUCGCUCUCUCAGUUCCUCAUUCAGAAGUUCCACACCACCUCCAGACUGGCCUUCUAUAGUAGUACAGGUUGGUACAACCGUCUGUACAUCAACUUCACCCUGAGACGUCACAUUUUCUUCUUCCUGCUUCAGACCUACUUUCCUGCUACUCUGAUGGUCAUGCUGUCCUGGGUGUCCUUCUGGAUCGACCGGCGCGCUGUCCCUGCCAGAGUGUCCUUAGGCAUCACGACGGUGCUCACCAUGUCCACCAUCAUCACAGGCGUAAAUGCGUCCAUGCCCCGAGUGUCCUACAUCAAAGCGGUAGACAUCUACCUGUGGGUCAGCUUCGUCUUCGUCUUCCUUUCUGUCCUUGAGUAUGCAGCGGUUAACUAUCUGACUACCGUGAAAGACGGGAAAGAACGCAAAUUCAGGGAAAAGGCCAGAAAUCAGCAGUCUUUGCCGUGUACGUGUGGCCUGCCUCAGGGCAAGAGCAUGAUGGUGGAUGGGACGUACAGCGAGGCAGACAGCAACAGCCUGGCCGGUUACAGCCGUGCGCCCAACGGUGCUGAGGAUCUCAAUGAUAAACAUGAGCGCAUGGUGGUGCACCUCGCCGUCGAUAGCGAGUCCACAGGCACCAAAAAGAAAGGCCUCCGUGGUUUCCGCAUCAUCCACAGCACUCAUGCCAUCGAUACAUACUCGCGCAUGAUCUUUCCUGGAGCCUACAUUUUUUUCAACCUCAUCUACUGGUCUGUCUACUGGUGAAUCCUGACGGAGUACAGGAUUUGAGUCUCAAGACAAUGAGACGGCAUUUAGAUGUACUGUAUAUGAAUCAAGCAAAUACCAAGAACCAGUUUGGCAAAAAAAAACAAACAAAAAAAAAAAACACGCAAGACAUUUCAGUCUAUUCAGUCUGAAAUCUCAAAUAAGUGGAGCGAUCUAAUAUAUAGAGGAACCUUUUAAAACUCUAGACUCGAUAACCGGAUGUGUCACCGCUCAGAGGGAA